AUGUCUCUGUCAAAAAUCAAGCACAUCGUCCUGGUCCUCUCUGGGAAGGGCGGUGUCGGCAAAUCGUCCGUGACGACGCAACUUGCCCUGUCGCUCUCCCUGGCCGGCCACUCGGUAGGCGUGCUCGAUGUCGACCUCACUGGCCCCUCGAUCCCGCGCAUGUUUGCGAUUGAAGAUGCCAAGGUGACCCAAGCGCCCGGCGGGUGGCUGCCCAUCACUGUCCACGAAGCCGACCCGUCCGACGGAAUCGGAUCCCUUCGCGUCAUGAGUCUCGGCUUUCUCCUGCCCCGUCGCGGCGAUGCUGUUGUUUGGCGCGGGCCGAAAAAGACGGCCAUGGUACGCCAGUUCCUGUCAGACGUGUUUUGGGACGAACUCGACUACCUCCUGAUCGACACGCCGCCUGGAACAAGCGACGAGCACAUUUCGCUGGCCGAGACGCUGCUGCAAAGAGCGCGACCGGAGCAGUUUGCGGGCGCUGUCGUCGUGACGACACCGCAGGCCGUUGCGACAGCGGAUGUCAGGAAGGAGCUCAACUUCUGCUCCAAGACGGGCAUCCAGGUGCUGGGUGUUGUGGAGAACAUGAGUGGCUUUGUGUGUCCGAACUGCAGCGAAUGCACCAACAUCUUCAUGAACGGCGGGGGGGAGGUGAUGGCGAACGACUUUGGUGUUCCAUUCCUCGGAAGAGUUCCCAUCGACCCCCAGUUCCUAGUUCUUAUAGAGGCAGGGACGAGGCCGACGUAUCCCGUGGGGACCGAGGUUAACGGGCGGGAUAUCUCCACGCCAAUUGCCACAGUAAAGAGUCAGGACGACACCCCGGAUACCGCUCCUCUGGUGCAAAAGUACCGCGACUGCUCUCUUGCCCCCAUAUUUCACACGAUCACGGCGGAUGUCAUUAUUGCGGCAGAUAUCGCAAACCAGAAAUAG